AUUACAUUACAAGGUUUAUAUUGUUUGUUAGCGCUGAACAUCAGACGAUAUUUACUUCUAUUUGUAUAGUUUUAUUUUUGAUAUAUUGAUACUUUUUUUGAAAUUAAUAUAAACAAUUUUGUUUAAAUUAUCAGUAAUAAAUGACUAUGGCUUCCUACUUGAAAACAUCAAUGAUAUCUGAACAAGCAUCUCAAAAGUCAUCACAAAAUUUUUCAAUUCAGCAAAGCGGUUUUCAACAAAACGUCAGCGGUGGCUAUUUUGAAUUUGAUGACGGCGGAUGUUACGCUGGAGAUUGGGUUAAUGGGCAAGCAUAUGGCUAUGGAAAAUGUACCGGACCGCAAGGCAAGGGAGAGUUUAGUGGAACAUGGAAAGCAGGAUUCGAAGUUUCCGGUGUUUACACGUGGCCAAAUGGAAACACGUACGCGGGUCAGUGGCUUGAUGGAAAGAGAGGGGGCUUGGGUGUGGAAGUGAAAGAAAAUUGGAAGUACAAAGGAGAGUGGAUGCAAGGGUUGAAAGAGAAAUAUGGAGUUAAAUACAAUGUAACUUCGGAAGCAAAAUACGAAGGCACCUGGUUGGCGGGCAUGCAGGACGGACUGGGAGUUGAAACCUAUGUUGAUGAAAGCACCUAUCAAGGUCAAUGGUUAAAAGGCAUGCGUCAUGGAUUUGGUGUUAGAAAAAGUGUUCCUCGCGGUAUAGCAUCAAUUUAUCAAUCUACAUCGGAAUAUUCACCAAAUAAUUCGCUCAGACCUUCUUACUCUAUGCCUAAUGGUCUAUCGUUGAAAAGAAACACAUCUUCCGUGUCAAGCCAUGAAGCUCUCAUCUAUGGUAGCACUUUAGAUACACGAAAACCUGACGAUUCGGAUAGACAUAAGGGAGGUUUUGUUUUAAUUGAGAAAAUAAAAGCAUCUUUACCUACUUCCACUUCUCAACGUUUGCAGAGAAAGUUCAAAUCAGAUCCGUCAAAUUUGUCCGGUUCUGGUGAUACAGGUAAAAACAGUUUGGCAGCUUGCAGUGUUGAUGUCAACUUGGCCAGUGUUGUUGAAACGUACGCAGGCGAAUGGAAAAAUGAUAAAAGAUGCGGCUUCGGAAUCAGCAAGAGAACGGACGGUUUGAGUUAUGAAGGUGAAUGGUUCAAUGACAAGCGAUGUGGUUAUGGAACGACGUUUUAUCAAGAUAGAUCUCGAGAAGAAGGAAAGUAUCGUAACAAUGAAUUAAUAUCAUCAGUUGAUCAGAAACGGAAAAUUUUUACAAAAAAAAAACUUAAAGAUCGUGUUGAGAUUUCAUUGCUGGCUGCUAAGAAGGCCGCUGAAACUGCUUAUCAAAAGUCUGAAUCAGCUCAAACAAUGUAUGCAUAUAUACUUGUUUAUUAA